UUCAGUAGUCUUCAUACCUUUUACAUCGCGUCGAGAAGGUGCCAGACAAGUUUCUCGAGGUCAGUCUUUCCGCUUGAGGGGGGUAAUUGUGGGAGCUCUCGUCACGAUGGACGUGGAUAAACUGUUCAAACUACCCUCGCUGCCUGCCUCGGCAGGCCAAAAACGCAAGUUUACAGAUAUUCCCAGUCCAGAAUUCCUGAAACGCUACAAGGCUGUUGGAGAAGAGUCUAAAGACGAAUCCGUUCCUCCUACGAAUGGCAAAGGCAAAGGGAGAGCUGCAACGGUUGAGGACGAGGACGAUGAUAGGAUGGACUAUGCCCAAGCCGAUUCGUCUCAUGACGAUGGGGAGGCAGACGAAGAGGGGAGGUUCUUUGGUGGAGGGCUCAACUCGGAGCAGAACCAAAUCCUUGACAUCUUUGAUCAGGCUGGAGACGACGGCACAGAGACGGCAGCUUUAACACUACCGGCGUUGCGGAGACAGCUAUUGCGAUUCGAGAGGACCGUGGCGAAGAAUGCAGAGCAAAGAGGGAAAUUCCCCGACGAUCCUUCAAAAUUCAUCGAAUCAGAAUCAGAUCUCGACUCUGCCUUGAACCAGUUCCUGCCUCUCACUCAAAAUCCUCCGCUCUUCUACCCGGAACUCGUUAAGCAGGGCACCGUUGCCCUCUGGUGCAACUUGCUCAGUCACGAGAAUACCGAUAUUGCCAUAGAUGUCGUCGAUGUCAUUCGGGAGCUCACAGAUGAGGAUGUCGGAGCCGGAGCCGAUGAUCUGGACGGAGAAGAGGAUCUGGGCGAGUCUAGUAAGACCUCGGGGAUAGCCGAAGGAACCCCAAUGGCCAUGGCAGAGUUCAUCGACGAAUUGCUCAACAACUCGCUCCUGUCCCUACUCAUAUCCAAUCUCUCCCGCUUGAACGAAUCUGAAGACGCCGACUCUCAAGGCGUGUAUAAGAUCCUCAGUGUCUUUGAAAACCUCUUCUCCUUCAUGCCGCCGCUGGCCGAGCAAGUGGUCAGCGAUACUGAUCUCAUGCGGUGGCUCUUGACCCGAGUCGGUCAAAAAGAGUUUGACAGCAACAAGCAGUACGCGAGCCAGAUCCUAGCAAUCUUGGUGCAAACGGGGCGAGACGGAGUAUUGAAGUUGGCAGAGCUGGAUGGAAUGGAGACUCUCUUAAAGCUCGUUUCGCAAUACCGCAAGAAGGACCCCAGCAGCGGAGAAGAAGUCGAAUUCAUGGAGGAUCUCUUCAACUGUCUAUGCUCGGCUCUUGCUGAACCGGAAAUGAAAGCUGCAUUCCUUGAAGCCGAGGGAGUGGAAUUGAUGGUUAUCAUGAUGAAAGAGAAACUCCUGGCUCGCACUCGUGCCAUCAAAGUGCUGGACUAUGCCAUGCAGAGUGAGGAUGGAGCGGGUAACUGCGAGCGCUUUGUCGAGUCUCUAGGCUUAAAGACCUUCUUCUCGGCCUUCAUGGGCAAGGUAGGCACAGCAUGGAGCAUAUCUGAUCGGCACUUGCAGGGCGACGCGAAACGGAAAAGAGCACUUCAAGCCGAGACCUCAGAAUUCGAGGACGAGGAACAUCUACUGGGCAUACUCGUCUCUCUCUUUACCAACCUCGCAUCCGACUCGGCACCGCGGAUCCGCUUAAUAGCCAAGUUCGUGGAGAGCGGGUACGAAAAAGUUGAGCGCCUGUUGGAGAUGAGAGAAGCUGCAGAGAGCAGAUUGAGAGCUGUGGAGGCGGACAUUGCGAGGGAGCGGACAGACAUGGAGGGUGUAGAAGAGGUCGACGAGGACACUGAAGCCGAAUGGUUCUUGCGAAAGAGUGAAGCAGGAGGGUCUGCAUUAGGGAACGCCGAUUACGUCUUGGCUUGGGUCUGCAUGGAAGACGACGGAGCUUUGAGACAUGCGCGACUCAUGCUGAGUAGGAAGAAUCGAUCAUUCACGGAUGUCAUCAGUGUCCUGGAAGACGUCGCGGGGAAUAUUGACGACACGCCCGUGGAGACGGAAAACGGUACGGUGGACGAACCGCCCCUGCAAAAGCUUGCUAUUGGGCAAUUAGUCAUUUAUCUCAAAAGUCAGCUGUAGAACGGCUCAUCUGGAAGAUCGGAUGUGGUGGUCUGCGAUGUACAACAUUGUCACAACAUCUCCCCGAGUGUAACACACGCUGCAUUGCACGCACAUGCUGUCGACUUCCAGUAGGAAUAUGCCGCAGGUCUUACGUGCGGGACAGUUACCAUGCUGUCGACACCAGUGGCACCAUCUCUCAGAUCAGUCUGACGCCUGACGCCUGACUCCCCUCAUCCCCCUCGUAUACCUGAGUGCCAUGUUCGUAGAGACGCUCAGGAGGUAUGAGAUUGCUUGGCGUUCCGUCGCCACUACAAUGGAAGGAGAAAAUGUUGCCCAUGUCACUGUGACCUCUGACCGGUAUCCUGAUGAGGUGUCAUAUUGUGCAUUACCAAAG